ACCGAUAACAUCUUUAAUAUAUUCUUCCAUUAAUUACACAUCAUGUCAUCUUCAGUACAAGCUCCAGGUGGCUUAAGAAGCGCAGCCAAGAGAAAGGCUAAUGCCGACAAGAAGGCCCAAUCUGCUAAUGCCAUGCCAUUAUCUACUAGAGCUGCUGGUGCCGGUGGUUCAUCUGCUACCAUGAUGAAGUUGUUCACCGAUGAAGCCCAAGGUUUGAGAGUCGACCCAUUGGUUGUUCUUUUCCUUGCUGUUGGUUUCAUUUUCUCUGUCAUUAUCUUGCACGUUUUCGCCAAGAUAACCGGCAAAUUUUCAGCUUGA